GGCUUCCCCAUACAUCACAGCAAGCGUCAGUCAGUCGAACCUGCCCAAAGUGACUUGCUGGAAUAUCGAUUUCCCCCAGACAUUGAAAAUGGACACCUACCAUCGUUGAAUAAGGGCCGCUCCGAGGGAAAGAUCAAGGCAGCGAGCAUGUCCAUUCUGAUCUCCAUGAUCUGUCUCGGAAUGCUGCUUUUUGCGUCAGGACUACUAUGCCUGCUCUUCAUUAUGUACCGCAGACGUGGGUCGGAGUUUGUCCAGCGUGAAUCGAAACAGCGGUCUGAUGGACCAUGUCGGAGCCGUUGGGCAAGAAUUCCGGCACAUGCCUUGUUCGGUUGGAUACGGCCGAACAAACGUAGGGCUAGACGUCGAGCACGCUCCGCCUUCAGUUUCAGCGAGAUGCACGGACCACCUCCAGGAAGCGGAUCGGUUGCUGUAAACCUCCCACCCUAUGCAGAUGGCAUGAUGCUCCCCUAUUUCAACGAAGCAGCUUCAACUGGGUUCGGUUGCGAUAGCCUCGGUAGUGUUCCUAGGCCGAAUGGUACUCUCGGAUCAUGCACCGGCUUAGUGAAUCCAGUUUGUAACACACCACAGUUUGGAAGUCUGAGAACAGACAUAGUGCGCACUAAUGAAUUGAUUCGAGUAAACUCAACGGAAUCGGCCAGCGGUGUCUUUUACGGCUCGCAACCCGGUGCAUUGUGCCCUAUUGAUUCUUCCUCUCUGGGAACUGAUCGCUUGGAUUCUCCAUCUCUCUUGAACGGUUAUGCCCUACAUCCGACAUAUAACACUGGAUUGGGCUCAGGCAGCAUGAAGUCUGCUCACACUCCAGGCCCAAACCCAUUGUCUGGACUUGGGCUGAGUUGUGCCAACCCUAUGGUAACCGGACCACAGUCUAGACGAACUGGACAUUCUCAUAUGAUUCCAGUGGACCAACUCGUUGAGCACGUCCGAUCACUGAAAGCUGACAACGGUCGGCUUAUGGCAGCUGAAUUCGAAUCCAUAGAUCCAGGUGGUCAGUUCACAUGGGAACACUCAAAUCGAGCGAUGAACCGACCCAAAAAUAGGUACGCCAAUAUCAUCGCCUACGAUCACUCUCGUGUCGUGCUGCAGUCGACAUCACCAUUGGAUCCCGAUUCCGAUUACAUCAACGCUAACUAUCUGGAUGGAUAUCGGAAACAAAAUGCGUACAUUGCUACUCAAGGCCCAUUACCUCACACUAUUGCGGACUUCUGGCGAAUGGUAUGGGAUCAGCGAUCUGCAAUGAUUGUAUCAAUGACACGAUUGGAGGAACGUGCCCGAGUGAAGUGUGAACAAUAUUGGCCCACGAAUUCCUCAACGAAGACGGUCAUAACAACAACACCUAAUCCAUUCACUUGCUCUAAGUCGGUGAACAGGAGACAUUUGUAUCUGCAGCCUGAUCACACCACGUCGUCAGCUGCGGGUAAGCUCAAUGGUUUCAAGAUGCACAAUGAAUUCCAGGACAGCAGCAUGGUGCUCGCACAUAGUAUGUCAUAUCAGGAAUUACCUGAUGACGGUGGAGGGAACAGAGGCGAUGCAUGUCCUUGGAUUGGAUCCGGUACUGGAUUGCUAGGUGAAGCCAAAUAUGGAGACAUAACAGUCGGUGUGCUAGAUGUGAUGAAGCUGGCAUACUAUACCAUACGGACAUUUUUGUUGUCCAAAAAUGGAUCUUUGGAGCGUCGUGAGGUUCGCCAAAUGCAGUUCACCGCAUGGCCAGACCAUGGCGUUCCAAACCACCCUGCACCGCUUUUAAUGUUCCUACGACGGGUGCGGGCCGAAUGUCCACCAGACGCAGGACCAAUCAUCGUGCAUUGCUCUGCCGGUGUUGGGCGAACCGGUGCUUUCAUUCUUCUGGAUAUUAUUCUUGAACAAAUGAAACAUGAAAAGGCGGUAGACGUGCAUGGGGCAGUGAGUCGACUACGCUCUCAGCGAAACUUCAUGGUUCAGACUGAGGAUCAAUACGCGUUUGUAUACGAUGCCCUGGUGGAGGCCGCUUCAAGCGGAAACACAGAGGUAACAGUCCGUCAGCUGGCGGCCCACUGGUCUCGUCUAACUAAAUCGGAUGGAGUCAGUAACGUGACUGCGAAUAAAGCAAAAAUGUCAACUGGAUUGGAGUUGGAAUUCACGCAGCUUGUUUCACAGAUACAGUUCCCCAAAUUCACUUCGUCUCCGCCGUCCAAUGUAGGCCUGCUGUCACCCAUCGAUUUACUAAGCGUCCAUGAGGACAGUCGCAUUCUGAAUGGCACUUCUAACACCCCACGAGUUCCCUCCAACGGUCUACCCUAUCAGAAAAUGAGUGCAGCCAAUAUGCGAAUAAACAUGAUGAUGUUGGUAUUUCUUGGAAGUUCUGAAUACGCAAACGCAUUAAUAAAGUUGCUAAGCCAUUCUGUUGGUAUUGCUGAAUCCUAG